GCCUCGGGGGCGGCCGCCCACGCCGAGGGGCCCCGCGUGUCGUUCACGUGUCCCGCGUUCCGACGGAGCAGGCGCCGGCCCGGCCCCCUUCCUGGGCGGAGGGGAGGCGGAAGCGCCGGCCUGCUGCUGCUGCUGCGGGCGGCCAGCGAGCGAGGCCGAGGAAGCGCCGAGGACCAGGGCCGCAGCCUGGGCGGCCGGCGGAGAUGAACCCGCCAUGGCUGCCCUCAAGACGUCGGGCCAGGCUGGGCAGCGAGCGGCCGACGAGGGGCUGGACCGCUCCCUCCAGCACAUGCUGCGGGCCAUAGUGGAGGAGCGGCACCGCCUCGCCCUGGGGCACGACAUCGGGGGGCUCGGAUGCUUCAAAGAUGACCGCAUUGUGUUCUGGACGUGGAUGUUUUCCACGUACUUUAUGGAGAAAUGGGCUCCUCGGCAAGAUGACAUGCUUUUCUACGUCCGUCGAAAGCUGUCCUAUGUGACUGGAGAUAACACGGAUGGAAAAAAGCAGGUUGAAGUUGAGGUUUACCGUAGGGAUUCCAAGAAGCUGCCUGGCCUGGGAGAUCCAGAUAUUGACUGGGAAGAGAGCGUCUACUUGAACCUCAUCCUUCAAAAGCUGGAUUACAUAGUGACGUGUGCCGUAUGUACCCGUUCGGAUGGAGGGGACAUCCACAUCCACAAAAAGAAAUCCCAGCAAGUCUUUGCGUCUCCAAGCAAGCACCCGAUGGACAGCAAAGGGGAGGAGUCCAAGAUCAGCUACCCAAACAUAUUCUUCAUGAUAGACAACUUUGAAGAGGUAUUCAACGACAUGACGGUGGGGGAAGGUGAGAUGGUCUGUGUGGAGCUGGUGGCCAGUGACAAAAGCAACACUUUCCAAGGCGUCAUCUUCCAAGGAUCCAUCCGCUAUGAAGCUCUCAAGAAGGUUUAUGACAACAGGGUAAGCGUUGCAGCAAAAAUGGCCCAGAGGAUGUCCUUUGGCUUUUAUAAGUACAACAACAUGGAGUUUGUGCGAAUGAAGGGGCCGCAAGGAAAGGGUCAUGCAGAAAUGGCCGUGAGUCGUGUUUCAACGGGUGAUACGUCCCCCUGUGGGACAGAGGAAGGUUCAAACCCUGGCUCACCUCUGCACGAGAGAGUCACUUCCUUCAGCACUCCCCCGACUCCUGAACGCAACAACCGGCCCUCUUUUUUCUCCCCAUCCCUCAAGCGGAAAGUGCCCCGGAACCGAAUUGCUGAGAUGAAGAAAUCUCACUCGGCCAAUGAUAGCGAGGAGUUCUUCAGAGACGAUGAUGAGGGAGAUCUACACAACGCCACAAACCUCCGGUCACGGUCCUUGUCUGGAACAGGAAGGUCUCUUGUGGGUUCGUGGCUGAAGCUGAACAGGACGGAUGAAAACUUCCUACUCUAUGCACACCUAACCUACGUCACGUUACCGUUGCAUCGAAUUUUAACAGAUAUUCUGGAGGUGCGGCAGAAACCGAUUCUGAUGACAUAGCGGAGAGCUUGGCGCUGCCCUGAGACCCUUGCUGCCAAGUGCCUAAAACCAACUGUCAACAGCACCAUCUAGUGUCAGGAGUUGCAACAUUACACUGGAAAAAAGGGAUGUCUUGGAAUUACCAGCCAGCCAAUCAAGAAGUGCCUCUUCCUUCUUUCCUUCCUCUGCUGUACAUCUUUUGUGCUUAUUUAAAAAAAAAGACUUUAUAGUUGCAACGGGCAGCAACCUUUCCCACCACUACAACAGCUGGGGCAGUGUUUCAAGGAAAAAAACAACAACACCUGCUUUAUGAAGAAUUUGUUGCAGUAUUAUUGUAACUGGGAAUAAAGCAACACGAACAGAAUGUAUUAAUCCUGAUGUACUUUGGGAGAACUUUCCAUAGGAUUUUUUUUUACUGUUGUACCAAUGAACUGUAUUUCAUAGACUGUUGAGAACCUUCCUUCCUUAUUGCGUAACGAAACAGCUUUGUGUGUGCACUUACGGUUGAAAUGGUAGCAGAAUCACUUAACCGCAAAGGAAAGCGGACUCUGCCGGAAUGCUGUUGGGCUCCAUGUCAGGUUGGAACUUAACGAAUUAUUUCCCCAUUUCCUUCAGUGGUAUGUUUUCAAGGUUCAUGGUGCAAAUUGAUUCUCUACCAAAGAAUAGUGCAGAAUCCAGCCCGGAGAGUCCAGAGCAAGAUGAACACUGAAGAAUCGCACCGAACUAGUUGUGAUUUGGCUGUAGAACUGGUAGCACUUCUAGAUGUAAAUCUGCCUGGGGGAGGAUGAAAGUCGGAAAAUCUGAAGGACUAUAGGACCAAAACCCCAAAGGCUGCAGCUGAUUGUCAUGGCCUGAAUCAGUGGAAAUUAAAAAUUCCCAGAAGGUGACUUCUGAAAUAGUUUCUAAAUCAAAUUUUCAUCACCGCUGUAUAAUUUGCCAUCACGUUAGACUUCCCCGGUUCUUGGUUUGGUGGGGCUGUGAUUUGUUCUGAGGCGCAGAAGCCUAAUUUAAGGGGAAGGUUUGCUAUUUCACAAGUAUAGUUCAAGCCUGCUGAACUGACCACGGACGGUGCAUAAAAAGUGCCAUUUUGAGCGUGCUCAGAUUUUUCUGCUCUACAUAAACACAUGGCGCUGUUUUACUAAGGCAGGCUUUUUUUAAAAAAGGCUGUGCAGUUUCAAGUUUACAGAUAAGAACAUUUCCUUGUGGUGUGUCCAGUUAGUGCCUCUGGUAUCAUAAACUCUUAUUUCCCCCCUCUGAUUCAGAUCAGUAUUGAAGGAUGGGAUUGGCUUCUUUUGCUGUUGUGAGGCAAAGAUCCACACAAAUGCGUAUGUGCUUCUUUUCUUUAAAAGUAAAACCUGAGGGAGGAGGGGAAGGAGAAGAGAGGCUGCUAGAGCAUGGGCAAAGUUCCUGGAACGUCCUCACCCUCAAAUGCAGCUUGUUCAAAGACCGGCUCUGGAAAUUGCACUUAAAUUUUAUACCCUUUAGCACUUGUCUACCCUUUAGCAUGGUCUUUUUUAGUAGGACGUCAGAAGCUUGCUUGGAAAACUUGGUUGAACUGGCUCGGUUGGCAGGUCUAAGGGGGAAGAGAAGGUAGGGUCAGGGGUGGAUGGGGUUAUUUAUUCUUUAAAAAAGAAAACAGAUUCUGAGCAAAAUCAGCCAGACUGAAGCGCCUAGCAUUUUUCCUCUUGGGAUGAGGAAGCUGAUCUGAACUUGCGCAAUUUGAUUGCCGAAUGAACGGCGCUCGCCAGCAGGGCACGGCUUUAAAAUCAGGGAGCAUUUUGUUCCCCACCGUGGUUUCUGAAAAUCCAAAAUUCAGUCCAUCGGAUACAAACUGAUUUCUUCAUCCGCGGUUUCGGUUCAGAUUGAUUAUUGAAGGCGGCAGACAGGCUGGAGAGCUUAUUUUCCAAAAUGCAGUCGCUUUACAUUCCCAUUCCCGUGUUGGCUCUGAGCGCCAGCGUCUAGUGUGGGAUCUGUUGCUGGGUUGCACUUCUGCAGGUGAUCACGCACUAAUAAAAUCUUCUUGAGGGUUGGGGACCGCCUUUCUGUCAGGCUAGUUUGGAUGUGGAGCUUUUUUAAAAAGAAGGGUGCCGUCUGAUGUGGUACAUCCCAUCGUGUUCAUCUGCCGAAUGGCCUAGCUUAGCUCAGAGGAGGGGUGUUUUUUUAAUAACUUGCAAAAAACCCCACUUUCUCAGCUUGCUUGCUAAUGAGUUGGCUUUAGAGGUUCAAGUCGUGGACCUGCAUUGUGGCAGAGCAAAGUAUGCCCUAACUGAGCUCCCUGUUCUGUUUUGUGACAGACAAGAGGUUGCUGAUGGGAAAUCUCUCCCUGCGACUCACUCUGCGCCCUUGCAGUAACACGGCGCUUCACUUCCGCAUGAUGCAACUGUGUGGCCUGAUGCGUUUGUCUGCCCUGGAGCAGUGGCUGCCCCUUGGGGCAAGGCAGUCCACCACAUGAUGAUGUGGGACAGUGAAUUUACACAUGCUGGGAAGAGAGGAGAGCAUGAAGGCCAUUUUUGAUGGCAGAUCUCCCUCUCUUCCCCCAAUUACAGCCUUUCCAAAGUGAUACUGUAUUUCAUAGGGAACUGGCCCAGUGGAUCCACAGUUGUCUCAGCACCGUUUAUGUUGAUUGGAACCAGCAAGUCUAGCCCUGGUACAGGCAGCCACGUCAGAAAGGAGCCAGUGUUUGCAGUACUCUUCCAACCAGUUAAAAAUGAAACAUUUGUUUGUACUUCGUUUCCUAUUAAGCAGAGGAGAGAAGGACUUAAUGUAUGUCUCUUUGGCUUAAUGGUCCAGCAACUUGGACGUCUGUGGUUCUUUGUUGCAGACACUUUCAGUUUCUCCUUGUGCAUUAUAAUAUUAAACAAUUAGGCAAGAGAUUGUAGCAGCGCCGGAGGCAACCACUUAAAUUUGCAGAAUGAAAAUAAUUAACGAACUGGAGGCCCUGGUGGAAUUGCUGGAGAAGGGGAUUUUUUUUUUCCUGGCUAUGCUGCAGUAACAGACGGUGGCAAAGAGGGAGGACAAGCCAAGGGAGGGAUGCCAGUUUACUAGGGGAGAGUCAAUUGCACAAACCUUUGGGUGAUGCAGUUUUUGUCUUCUCAUCCAUAUCCUAUAUGGGGCACUUUUUGACUCACGUUUUCACGAUCUAUUCUAGGAUGCUUUUAAGUUACCCGAGUCUCUGGUCUCCACCGCUCACCAGUCUUUUGCAGUUCCUUCACACUGAAUUGAUCCCCCUUUUCAGUCUGUCUCCAAAGCAGUCAGAGUUCUGUCCAGGUGGCCCAGCACAUGCGUACAUGUGAGCACUUUUGCAUACCGUUCUCCAGAAGUCAAGGUUUUGAGCAUAGGAAUGUUUUUGUUGCACAGUCCUGCCCCACUGCCCUUUCAACUAACUUGCAUAUUCUGUGCCUCAUAAAUACACUUGAGAACCAAGUAAAAGUUUUGUUUGCUUUGUCUUUUGAUUAAUUUACCAAGGAGGGGAGGGGGUUGUAUGGGGGUGGGGGUACAAAUAUGUAAAACUUCAACCUUGAUUGCAGGAAGUUUUGGUUUACUGCUUUUAUGAUGGCACCCAUUUCACUAUUGUGAGGCAAGGAAGUAGUGCUUGAAAAUUCAUCAUUUGUUCAAGCCUGCUGAGCUCUAGGAAGAGAAAAUUAGUUUCCUGGUCACCUCAAUAGCCUCACUAUUGUGCAGUUGUCCUUCAGUGCUGUUCACGGAGCAUCAGGACCAGAGCAACCCGCUCUCCCCAAACAGGAGUGGUAAAGUACAGGGAGUUUUAUUUUUUCCGUCUCUCUCUGCUGGUUAGGGGAAAUCAUAUUGUCUCAAACCUUCCUGGAGUCUGAACCUCUGAGAUCCUCAGGGGUGUGCAUGUGUGUGUUCAGAGAUGUCUUUUAGUUUGCAAAGUAAUAGGGUGGGGUUUUUUUUCAUUCUCCUGAGCACACAGAACCCCCAACAGGUAUAGGCAGUUGCAUGUUAACUGUCCCGUUCUGAGGCGUGGCCCCCUCAGAACAGCCACAAAGAAUAAAAAUGAUGAAUGUCCUCACGUAUUCCAGCGGCGCUUGUGUGGUGUUCUGCCAGCUCUGUUCUUUGCCUGCUGGCUCUGGAAAUUAAGGUUGGGUAAAUUACUCUAGCGCCCUGGAGAGGGUCAUCUCAGCCCUCCGCACGAUCGGUGUGUUUGUAGUGGUCGUGACUCGAACACACCUGCUGCUAAUGCUGCUCAGAAAUGGGAAAGGGUAUCUGCAAUUGCUCAGCUUGCAAUUCCUGGGGAUUUUCAGACUGUGCUGGGGCAUCCUGCCCUUCCGUGGAAGUAUCUCAGGAAGUAUCCUGAAAAAGCCAAUAAUAAAGGUAGACGGCCGUAAAUGUGAGACGGUGGAAGAACUUACCAGCCAUCCCCUGUAAACUGUAUCUGGAGGGGUGAGGAUUCUAGGAUCUACUCUUAGAGAGGCUAACCUCAGUGAACAGUAUGGGCAGCUCUGGGAGCCAGUUCCCCUGAAUUGCUUGCUUCACGUCUUGUGGACCCUGUUCUUGCAGUGAGUGGAGUGCUGCAGGCCAAGGUGGACUUUGAAAGUUACAAAUACCAAAGUGAGCCUUGGGAUGGAGCCAGGCUAACUUCUUCACUAAUGCAAGGCUUUUCCAGAAAAACUUUCCUGCCUUCUUCCCUAAAUACUGUUCCCGGGGGUGGGGAGGGGGAUAGGAGACCCAGAAUUGGCAUGGGGGGUGAACUGGAGCUUUUCAGGAAGGGGGAACAGAAGAAAAUUACUCCUGCUGGUGGAAAAUCUAGCCUGGCUCCCGCCCCUUGCUUCUCGUUGCGCUGUUUUAGCCCAUACUACUGUGCCUUAAGCAUCCCCUGCCCAUAAUACAAUGAUUUUUCACCUUUCUCUGGCCAUGCUUUUCCCAAUUACCUAUUAGGAUGCUGGCUAUAUGUAUGAACAGAGGGCGGCUUCCAGUAUAGCCAGGAGUCCAGGGGAGAGCCAAAGCUGGCAUCUUCUUAGGUACCCCAGCCAGGAUGUACUGUCCCAGAGACAUGGGGACAUGCAUGUCCCGAGUCACACGCCUUUCGGUCACAUGGGAGGCACUGGGCGUGACCAAGCAACAUGCGCCCCAGCCGCAUGCCACCAAGCACUGUCCCCCGCCUCUCUGCAGUCCGGCUUUUGAAAGGGGUCCCCAUCAGAAGCGGGCAGUUGGCAAGGCCGGCUGUGAGCUUCAGGAGGAUGCAGUGGCAUAGUGCCAGUGGGGCUGGGUAGGGCAUGAGCCCUUGGCGGACCAGCAGAGGGGACGUGGCGGGGUUGUGGAGGGGACAUUGCGGGGCAGAUAGUGCUGCAGCAGGGGUGCAGGGUGCGCGCGCACGCCCCGGACGCAGUUCCCCCUUGCUCCGCCUCUGGGAGGGUGCUGGUUGUUUGAGGCUGUCCUUGAGCGGGAUGGAACCAGAAGGAAUAGUUUUAUCAGGUCCACGCAGGGAGGCUUGUCUCAGCUCUCUUGUCCAGCAGUUGGGUGUUUUCUGUGGCUCCUUCUUGGGAACUGCAGCUUCCAUUUUGUGUCUAGCGAAAAGCGCUGCUGGUUCCCGGGUCACAUUCUGCCAGCGGUGGAAACAUGGCUUCACGCGGUCAGUAGUCGGGAUGACUCCAAGGCUUCUACAGAUGAGGGCAUCUGAGCAGAUUUUAGCUUAGCCAUGUGAUGUAGGAAGUGCACAAGCAACAGCCAGAAGGAAUUCUUGCCAGACAAUAAGUCUGAGAGAAGCAGUUUAUUUUGAGUCUGAUCGAUGUCAGAUUGCAAAUCACCUGUAGCCAGAAAAGUAGCUGGCUGAGUUGCCUCUGACUUAGGAAUUAGAUUCUCCCCUUUUAAGUGGUGAGGGUUUAGGGCAGGGGUGUCUAACUCUGGUGCCCCAAAUGGUCAUGGACUACAAUUCCCAUCAGCCCCUGCCAGUAUGGCCAAUUGGCCUUGAGUUGGACCAGACUUGGACACCCCUGGUUUAGGGGGAGGGAUAGGAAACCCACUUGGCACUGAUUCAACACAAACUCCCAAGUCUUGUUUUGGCUUCAUUCAUUUCCGUAGUAGCGCUGCAGGCAACUCUGCGCUUCCGUUUGUGGCCAAGUUUGCGAUUUCAACCACGACCGCCUUAAUCCCUUCCCCCUUUUCUCAUCUUUGCUUAGCUCCCCUUUCCCUCUUCCUUUCCACAAGCAAGGGCAGCACAGUUGUUUGUUCUUCCUUGUGUUAGUUCAGUUUCUAUGAUCAGUGUAAAAACAAAAUGUUCAAUAAAUUUAAAUAAAACUG